AACUUCAUGUGAUCUCACUCGAAGCUUUUGAAAAAACUUGAGAACCCUGAUUUGCCAAAAAAACACUUCCUUUCUGCAUAAAUACUGGUCACACAAACAGAUGAGGAACACAACACAGUCCACUACAGAGAGAGAAACUAGUGUUAGUUUACUGAAUUUGGAAAUGAAAAUAUAGAAAAGGGUAAAACUCAGAGAAGAAGAAACAACAUGGAUGAUGUCUAAAAAUAUGUGAACGUCGUACGAGGUAAAGUCAGAACAGAUAUCACAGAUUCAACGUCACAAGAAUACAAUCAUAUAGCACGGAUAAAGAUUCAAUAAGAGACUCAGAAGACCGAAUAGAAAGGAUUGUUGAUAUCUACGUCAGUGCAGAGGCUGUAAGAGACAUGAAACAUAAGAAAGAGACAGAAGACUUCAACACAGAAGAACCCCGAACACCUCGACACACAGAAGACUUCAACACAGAAGAACCCCAAACACCUCGACACACAGGAAGUGAUGGUGUGACGAUCUCCAGAGCAGCUGGUGUGUGUUUGGGGCUGAUGUGUGUUCUUCUGAUGACUGCAGUCAUAGUGCUGUGUUUCAUCUUCAUUCAAGAGAGACAACUGACUAAGUUCACCAACAUCACAGAAGAGAGAGACCAGCUACUAACUAAGAUCACCAACAUCACUCAAGAGAGAGAACAGCUACUAACCAACAAUACGAACCUCACAGAAGAGAGACAACAGCUACUAACUAAGAUCACCAACCUCACUCAAGAGAGAGAACAGCUGCUAACCAACAAUAGGAGCCUCACAGAAGAGAGAGAGCAGUUGAAAUCAGAAAGAAAUGAUCUUCAGAAGGAUGUCUCAUCUGUGUUUAUAGAUGGAUUGAAGUGCCAUCAAUCAACUCUUUACUUCUUUUCCUCUGAGAAGAAGAACUGGAAUGAGAGCAGAAGAUACUGUAGAGAGAGAGGAGCAGAUCUGAUCAUCAUCAACAACAGAGAAGAACAAGAUUUUGUGAAGAAUAUUUGUGGUUCUGAUCAUUUCUGGAUUGGUUUGACUGAUGUUGAAGAGGAGGACAGAUGGAAAUGGGUUGAUGGCAGCAACAGCAACAUCACCUCUGGGUUCUGGAAGUCUGGAGAACCAAACAAUCAGGGAAACGAAGACUGUGCUAACACUCAUUCAUCAGGAUGGUUUGAUACUCAAUGUGAUAGUAGUGUUAAAUGGAUCUGUGAGAAGAGUAUCCUUAAAUAAAUGAUACAUUAUAAUAAAAAUGUACAUAUAUGCAUUAUGAACA